AAGAAACCGUUCCUCAUCCUUUUUGUCACAUCUUCUUUUCUUCCUUCACUAAUCUCACCUUCAUCUCCUUUCCCUCUUCCUUCUCAUCUCCUUCUUCCCUUCUCCUCUGCCCAUCUGUCUUUUUUACUUUAAGCUUCAGGGCUCAUCUUUAACAGUGAGACAGGAUGUCGCUGCCGUAUCGUCCACAGCAGCAUACACGCCCACAGUACCAGGGCUCCCAACAAGCCCCACCUGUCGAGGAUGGUCCAAUCCCAUUCUUCGGUAGUGGUAGCGGAGCUGGAGGGGGUGCACCUCCUGCUCGUAGGCCAGGCGUACCCCCGCCGCAACCAAUGCAGCAGCAGCAUCCGAGACCACCUCAGUUUCAUAGGCAUCCUCAACAAUAUCAACAGCCAUAUCAGCAACAGCAACAGCAACAACAGCCACAGCCACAGCCACAGCCACAACACCCACACCCACACCCACACCAGCACCAGCACCAGCAGCACCAGCAGCAAAUGCCAUUUCAGAAAAGCCAACAACAACAGCAACCAUUCGCGCCCGCUCAGCAGCAACCAACCGCCUCUGAACUGACUCCAGCUGCUGACUUGUUUGCAAGCCCGCCAACAUCCAAUCGCCAACUGACACAAGGUCCACCUAAGCCUCAAGGAUAUGCUGCUCAAACCUUUUUCAACAACCAGCACCAACAACAGCACCAACAGCAGCACCAACAACAUCAACAACAACAGCAACAUAGAGUGCCGUCUCAACAGUCAUUGCAGCAGGGCUAUCCAUCACAACAGCAACAGUAUCAGCAGCCACAACAACAGCAGCAACAGCAGCUAUUCCAACGACACCCACAUCACCCUGUUGUGGCCGACGUGUUCUCUCAGGGUUAUGCCAGCACAUCAUUCCCUCAAAUGGAACACCAGGCUGACCCUUCUGGCAACGUGUCGGAUUUGUUUGCGAACGCGAGCCAACAAUCCUCGGCACCAAUUACUUCACCAAACGUGAAUAGGGCCACUCCUACGCCUGUAGCUAAUACAACAGGCUCCAUUCCAUUCCAGCAGGAUCAACAGAAUGCUCCUAUUUCUGGUGGUUCACAGUCCAAGGGGCGUCCACCGCUUCCACCAGCCAUGCCGCAAAAGAGACCGUCGCUGACACCUGCAACCCUGCCUCAGCAGACCCCUUCAGCGCCACCAUUCCUUAAUCAACGGCAGCAGAGUGUUCUUCAGCACCAUCAACAUUCCCAACAGCAACAGCAGCAAAGCCCUUUGAGGCAAGUACCAAUUUCAGUCCUGGGUCAUCCUACUCAGCGGUAUAGUCCAAACGCCCCUCCUGGCCCUCACAGUACCCAGCAACCCGGUCAAAUUGCUCCAGGACAAGUAGAAUUUCAGCAUACGCCAUUUGGAAAGACAUCACCUGCAACCCCACGUCAUGGACCAUUCACAGGGCCACCUCCUGCGUCUCCUCAUACAGCUCAUAUUCCCCCUAAAACACCAUUGCUUUCUGCAACUCAAGCGGCAGCUAUGAUCCCUGGAAACAAUCAUCAGGGGCAGCAGCAAACGCCUCAGCUCAGUGCAUAUCAGCAGCCACAGUUCAGUUCAACGCAACUUGCUCUCCAGCCGUGCCCAUUCUCAGAGUGCUCUGGCGAGAAUAAGCCCCAGGCCAAAUUCUGCUCUGAAUGCGGACGGCCCAUUGCGGCAGCAAGUCGAGCAGCUACCCCAUUACUGGCUCACCGUUCCGCGUUCAUUUCUGGUCAAAGCUCACCCAUGCCUGGUUUGGAUCGCAUGAAUUCUUACCCUUUGGAACAGAACCAAGGUGAUCCCUACCAGCCUGUGCAACAGGAGCAAGCGCAUAUCCAGCAUGAGUAUGUUCAAGAGGACCAACCAUGGACUGGCCAACAGUAUAGCGAGGGUGAUUACCAAGCCUACCAGCAGCAGCAAUAUGAUCCUUCUACAGGGUAUUAUCCUGGUCAGGAUUACAGCCAGUAUCAUCAAGUUGUGCCUGAACAGGAGCCACAAGCACAGGAACCUGAACCAGUACGUAUCGAUGAUCCGUUAAAUAGGAGUGCGGGUUGUCCAAUCAUCGCUUUUGGGUUCGGCGGCAAGGUGAUGACUUGGUACCCACGCCAUGCUAAUGAAGGAACCCAGAUUCAGCGUGAGGUCAAGCUUCAGCAGCUCGGCGAAAUCGUACCAGUCGACCCUACCAUCGCCAACUUCCCUGGACCACUAUUGAAUGACAGCUCAGUUCAGCUGAAGAACAAGCGGAAAGAGGCUCUGAAGUUGAUUGAGGACAAGAUCAAUGAGCUUAACCAGCUCCAAGAAAAUACUUUUGAUGCUCACCGCGCUUUGAUUUGGAAACUUUUCAAAGUUAUGUUUGAGCAAGAUGGUACUCUUGUUGGAAAUGCCAAGGUCGAUCAAGCUGUUAAGAGCGUCUUGCGUUCGAUUCCUUUGGCUAAAAUUGUAGCUCCAACAUUGCAAAAGAAUGACGCAGAUGAUAUCUCAGCCGCGGUCGAUACCCUUCAGGAAAUUCUUCGUGAAGGGGACCUUGUAGGAGCUGUUCGCCAUGCCAUCAGCACUAAACUGUGGGGGCACGCGCUGGUCAUCAGCAGCCAUGGUGAUCGAGACUUGUGGAAAGAGGCCGUGAAUGGGUUUUUGAAAUACGAGCUUUCUACUAGCACAGGACUACAUGCCAAUGGACGAGAAUCUUUGCGUGUUCUCUACAGCCUGUUCUCGCACCAGUCAGACCGUGCCAUCACCGAGUUGAUUCCUGAAAAUCUUCGAUCACAGUAUUUGACAGAGAUUCAUGGGCCGUCUACGCCCAUUAAUGUGCCUAAUGAAAGUCUGGCUCAGUGGCGUGACACUUUGAUUUUGAUAUUGUCAAAUCGUAUCGAAGGCGACCAAGCUACCAUCAAUGCCUUGGGCAAUCUGCUCCGGAAGGAAGGAUGGAUAGAGGCGGCCCACAUCUGUUACUUGCUUUCACCCCAGGUUUCCACUCAUUCAGGUCCAGAUGCUGCUAACAUUAGCAUGGUCCUUCUUGGAUCGGAUCAUAGUCCCCAUGCUGCGUACCCCUACUACAAAAAUUUCGAGUCAUUCCAGAAGACGGAAAUUUAUGAGUUUGGCUGUGCUUUGAAGAGUGCAGGUGCGACUGGGGGAUUACCGUUCUUGCAGCCGUAUAAGCUGCUCUACAUAUCCCAUCUUUUGGACCGAGGAAUGAUAUCUUGAGUCCAUUGAGACGAUUGUAAAGUCACAAACUAAGGGUUCUCCUUACUACAACUCAACAUUUUUGGCUCAGCUGAAAGAUCUUACAGAGCGUGUCGCAGGAAGCGUGCACAUUCCUCAUGCUGGAUCUUGGAUAGCCAAGAAGGUUCCUAAGCCUUCUACAGCUAGUAUUUUUGAUUCGACAGUUGGAGAGACUGCAGUGCAUGCC